AUGGUGGCCAAAUUCUCUUUGGAAAGGAUGUUGACUUACGAAAAGAAAAUUGAUAAAGUAAACUUCAAAGUUCUUAUCGGAGGAUAUGAAAAGGAAAGACCCGUAUUGUACAAGAUCAGACCGCCCGGGAUUUUGGAGGUCGGGCAAUCCUUAUAUAUCAGGAGUGGUAGUCCAUAUGCAACGUGCAUGAUGGAGAUUUGCUUGAAGAAAAAGGAAAAAGUCAUCCAAUUGCCGAAGUUGCAAAGAGUGCGAGCAAUUAAAUUCGUUUUGCAGCGAAAAAGGAUAUUUUUACGGGAGGUUACGCCACUGUCUAUCAUCUCUCUAUAG